UAAAAUCUCCAGCGUUAGCUCUAAGCUAAGAGAGAGAGAGAAGCAGAGAAGAGACGGACGGUAGUGUCGAAGGCGUUCCACAGCGGAGAAUGGAUCCAGAUGCGGUUGCAAAGGCGUUUGUCGAUCACUACUACUCGACAUUCGAUACGAAUCGACCGGCCCUUGCUAAUCUAUACCAGGAUUCAUCGAUGUUGACGUUCGAAGGCCAGAAGAUCCAAGGCUCUCCGGGAAUCGUCGCCAAGCUCACUGGCCUUCCCUUUCAGCAGUGUCAACAUAGCAUUACCACCGUCGAUUGCCAGCCUUCCGGUCCUAGUGGCGGCGUGCUCGUUUUUGUCAGCGGCAAUCUCCAACUCGCUGGCGAACAGCACGCUCUUAAGUUCAGCCAGAUGUUUCAUCUUAUGCCAACACCCCAGGGAAGCUUUUUCGUUUUCAAUGACAUUUUCCGUCUCAACUAUGCAUAAGAAGAGCUAUAAUAAUAAUGUGAAUUUGAAGUUGGGACAUUGUUGUGUUUGGGUGGGGGGUGGGUGAAUUCAUCAUGAAAGAAGACUUAUAUUCUUGCAUCUCCAUUUUGAUUUCAUUUUGAUUUCAUUUUUUGUUGUUGCAGCUAUCAAUCAAUCAAUCUUCUUGUUGUGUGAUAUUUGUUUAUGUUGUAAACAGUGAAUAUUUUCCUUGUGUGAAUGGAAUUAGGAAUGCAAGUA